CCCCCCGACCAUAUAAGGAGAUGCAGCUGCUAGGGGCCUCCCUGGGAUCUAAAGAUAGCAGUUCCUGCCUGGAACUCCAAAGGCCACCCGGGCUCUGGAGCCGCCAUGGCUCGGUUCACCCUCACCAUGUCCAAUCCACUUCCUUCCUUCCACCCUUUACUGCCUCAGCUGCAGUGUGGCCAAACCUAGACAUCAAGUGUCCCUGUGCUGUCCCCAACCCACAUCCCUUCCCCUCAGUCCUCCCUUUCCCACCUCUAUGAAGCCCCACCUGACUCCUUCAGGCAGCAUGCCCGGACCCUGUGGUACGACAGGCCUAAGUAUGUGUUCAUGGAGUUCUGUGUGGAGGACAGCACUGAUGUGCAGGUGGUCAUCGAGGACCACCGCCUAAUGUUCAGCUGUAAGAAUGCUGACGGGGUGGAGCUGCACAAUGAGAUUGAGUUCUAUGCCAAGGUGAACUGCAAGGACUCCCAAGACAAGCGCUCUAGCCGCUCCAUUACCUGCUUUGUGAGGAAGUGGAAGGAGAAGGUGGCCUGGCCCCGGCUCACCAAGGAGGACAUCAAGCCCGUGUGGCUUUCCGUGGACUUUGAUAACUGGAGAGACUGGGAAGGGGACGAGGAGGUGGAGCUGGCUCAGGUGGAGCAGUACGCAGAGCUCCUGACUAAGGUCAGCUCCAAGAGGGCGCCCCCUGCCAUGGAUGACCUGGACGAUGAUUCUGACAGCGCCGAUGCACCAAGUACUUAGCUGCCUGACUGCAGAGCCAGGAGGAGACCUGGCUGUUCCCCAGUUGCUCUGAAAGCCAACGUCGUGAACUCUUGG